AUGCUGGGAUGCAGACCGAGUGAUACACCCAUAAGAGUUGAUAAGAUUAGUGACGAGGGGGACAUUGGUAAAGCCGUGGAUAUGGGAAGAUAUCAACGAAUCGUGGGGAAACUCAUAUUCCUCUCUCAUAUCCGACUAGACAUCGCCUUUGCAGUUAUUGUGGUGAGUCAACACUCUCAUGAUCCUAAGCAAAAGCACCUUAAUGAAGUCUAUAGAAUUCUUAGAUACUUGAAGGGAUCCCCGGGUUAUGGACUACUAUUCAAAAAAUCUGACAAGCAAAGCAUUGAGAUAUACACAGAUGCUGACUCAGCAAGUGACCAAGAUGAUAGGAAGUCCACAUCGGGCUAUUGCACUUUUGUUUGA